CGGGGUAUCUCGUCUAGUCAUUUGAGAUGACAGAAAAUGGGAAGUUCCGAAUUGAGAAGUUUGAUGGUAAAGAUUUCAGUGGGUGGAAGAUGCAAAUUGAAGAUUUGCUGGUUCAGAAAGAUUUGGACGUGGUUUUGGGUGAUAAGCCAGAAAAGAUGUCGGAUGCAGAUUGGGCAGGUUUGGAUCGAAAAGCUAUGUCUGUGAUCCGUCUCUCAUUGACCAAGAAUGGUGCGUUCAACAUUCUGAAGGAGAAGACAGCGAAGGGAAUUAUGGAAGCAUUGUCUAACAUGUACGAGAAGCCAUCUGCAGCGAACAAAGUUUUUCUAAUCAGAGAGCUGGUGAACACAAGGAUGAAAGAAGACACUUUAGUUUCCGAGCAUAUCAAUAAGUUGAAUUCGAUCUUAGCCAGACUUUUGUCAGUGGGCAUUAAGUUCGAUGAUGUAGUUCAAGCUUUGCUACUACUAUCGUCUUUACCUGAUAGUGGUCCGGAACGGUUACAGUGGUUACUGGUUCAGUGGGACCCCACCUUUGAUCAGAUUCAAGAUCUCGUUCUUGGCGAGGAUGUCAGAAGAAAGAGUUCAGGAGAGUCAUCUGGUGAAUUGCUUCAUGUUGGUAGAGGCAGAAGAAAUAACAGAGGUAGUGGGAGCAAGAACAUACGAAAGAGUCAGUCAAAGACUCGGGAUAGCUCAGGUGUAACGUGCUGGAAGUGCAAGGAGGUGAUUCGAGACUUGAAGAAAAGUUUGAUUUCUGUCAGGCAGUUGGACGAACAGGGACACGAGGUGAAGUUCAGAGAUGGGCAGUGGAAGGUCAUAAAGGAAAAUCUUGUCAUGACCCGCGGAAGGAAGAGUGGUUCGUUGUACAUGGUUGGGUUACCGUCUGAGGGAGUGACCGUCCCAGUUUAGAAGAGAAACAAAGUCCGGUUCACAGAAUCUCAUGGGCAGAAGAAGGUUGUCUUUGCAAGAGAGAAACCUAGAGCUACAGGUCAGACUCAGGAU